AUGGCUCUGGUGACCAUGAGUGGGGAGUCUGUGGCCGUGGACAUUGUGAUGGUGGCCAUGAAGGUGGUGACCCUCAGGGUGGUGGCCAUUUGGUUCCCCUGGACCAUGUCCCACUCGCCCUCGGCUCGCUCGCCCCCAGCCCAGGGCUGGGCCCCCCCGCCGCCCCCGCACCGCCUGCGCUCCCUAGCGCGCUCCUGGCUGGACGAGGACGCGCCCUGGCCGGACGCGGCGGUGGCGACCGUGGGGGACUGCGCGACCCGAGCGCAGCUGCUCAGCAAGGGCGGGGGCGACUCGGGGGGUGUCCUGGCGGGGGCCCCCUUCGCCGAGGCCGUUUUCGGGGUGUCGGGGUGCCGGGUCAUCUGGAGGGUGCCCGAGGGGGCGGCGCUGCCCCCCGGGCGGGUGUUGGUGGCCGAGGUGGAGGGUCCGGCCGCGGGGGUGCUGGGAGGGGAGAGGGUCGCCCUCAAUAUUUUGGGGCGCUGCAGCGGGGUGGCCUCGAUGGCCGCCAGGGCUGUGGGGGUGGCCCGGGCACAGGGAUGGGCGGGGGUCGUGGGGGGCACCCGAAAAACCACGCCCGGCUUCCGCUUGGCGGAGAAAUACGCGCUGGGGGUGGGGGGCGCUGACCCCCACCGGGGAGGUUUGGGGGGACUCCUCCUCCUCAAGGACAAUCACCGAGCGCUGGCGGCGGCAGCAGGGGGGCUCGAGCAGAUGAUUUUGGGGGUGCGCCGGGCCGGGGGCUUCACCCGCCGAUUGGGAGUCGAGUGCUCGAGUGUGGAUGAGGCGCUGGAGGCUGCUGGGGCUGGGGCUGACAUCGUCCUGCUGGACAACCUGGCCCCCCAGGACCUGCAUGCGGCGGCGGCGCAGGUCAAGGCCGCGUAUCCCGGAGUGACGGUGGAGGCCAGCGGGGGCAUCGUUUUGGGGACCCUGCCUCAGUUUUUGGGGCCCCACAUCGACGUGGUGUCCAUGGGGUGUCUGACCCACAGUGCCCCUGCCCUGGACUUUGCACUGCGGGUGCUGGAACCCUAAAAUCCAUCCCAAUGAUCCUGAAAACUCAGCCCAGGACCCCCAAAAUCCAACCUAGGACCCUAAAAACUUACUCUGGAACCCCAAAACCCAACCUGAGAUGCCCAAAUCCAUCCUGGAGAGGGUGAAACUCACCAUGAAACUCCAAAAUCCACCCUGGGAAUCUUCAAAUCCCAAAGGCCACCCCCCCACUGAGGGGUCUGUGAAAUCUGGCACUGGGACCCACAAAAUCCAUCUUGGAUCCCAACAUCUAUCUUGGAACCCCCUAAGUCAAUUCUGAGAUCCCAAAAUCCACCCUGGGGCUCUCCAGAACAUACCCUGGGACUCCCAAAUCCCCUUUGAGACCCCACAAAGCCUUCCCCAUGGAUCUCAAAUCUUCACCCUAGGCUCCUCCCCCUCUAAGGUGGACCCAAAAUUCCACUCUGAGGUCUCCCCAUCCCCCUUUAAUCUUUGUACCCCCAAAUAAACCCCUACCUCACCUCCCCCACUUAUCCCCUCAGUUUUUUCAGGCUUCCAAACUUCAGGUGGUGGGAGGGUCCAGACCCAUUUUGAGGAUUCUAAAUCCCAAUCAGAGGAUUCCAGAUCCCAGUUUGGAGAGCUCAGACCCCAGUGUGAGGAUCCCAUAUCCUGCUGGAGGGCUGCAGACCCCACUUUGGAGGUACCAGAUCUCAGUUUGAGAAUCCCAGACCCAGUUUAAAGAACCCAGAUUACAGUUUGAGUGUCCCUGAGACCAAUUUAGGAGUCCAGGACCUGAAUCCCCAAUUUGAGGGACCCAAACCCCAGAUUAGGGGUCCCACAUCCCAGUUUGAGGGUCCCAGACCCUCCACCAGCACAGCUGGCCCCACCACUACACUGGGAAUUGGGAUCAGAGGAGAAGUCCUGCUGUAAAUCACAAAAUCAGGAUCUAAUUCCUGGCCUGAUCCCACCCAGCCCCAUCACACCUGUGUGUGCCCUCCUGCCCGCAGGUACCUUUGGGAUGUCUUAAAAGAAAUUUGAAAAACUAUUAUUUAAACAAAAAACUAACUUUCUUUACAAAACUACAGUUGGCUUGCCAGCCAUAAUCCUUAGGGCAAAGUGAUACCCAGAAUGAACAAUACCUGUGUGACCCUUCAGAUAUAAAGUGCUGGCCAAGUCUGGGGCUGGGCUUGGAUCCAGCCACACCCAGAGCCUUCUCUGAGAAGAACCUUAAAGGGAAGUCAGGGAGUCCUUUCUGCACCUUGUGAAUCAGCAGGAGGCUGUCCCUGCUCAGCCUUGCCUGAGUGUCCCACUCUGGGCACACCAGGCUCCCAGCUCAGCGGCGCCAGCGCCACAGAGCGCGUAGGGACUGUGCCGGUGUCUGCUGCUCCUUCGGGCUCCUCAGGAUCAAGCUGGUCUGAGCUGCCAGACAACGGAUGAAUUCACACCCAUCUUCCUCCAAGGCCUGAAGUUCUGUGACCAAAACAGAGCUGAGUUGCUGUGUUUGUAGAGAUGCCCCACUCUGCCAGCCCUCACUCCCCACUCACCGCUGAAAACCAGAGCAGGCAGCUCCUCACUUUGGUCCUCGCGAUGCCGUGCGACGGUCCCUGGGCACAGAGCUCUGUCAGCCCCUGCUGAUCCCCAGCAUGCUCCCAAGAAACCAGGGAGCGCCAGGAGCCUGGAUGUGGCACUGGGCAAGGGCUGGGGGGGACAGGGGCUGCCCAAAGAGGGAGCCGGGCUGGGGUUCACUGAUUAACCUGAUGGUCCAGUCAUACUCGCAUUCCUGAGGGUCCGUCAGGUACUGCAGGCUCUGAGGGAGGUACUGCUCAGGCCUGCUGCUGUCCUUUUCCAGCUGGAAGGUGUGGGCAUUGUCACACACCCUCCAGGUGGCUGGCCCAGCCCCUCCUGCCAGCAGCCCCAUUACCAAGAGCCCUCCUCCCUCCCUCUGGUGCAGGAAGGGGAGAUGGGCCUGGAGGAGAGCCCUUGGGGCUCUGUUCUUGAACAAGGAUGCAGCUCCAGGCUCUGGGGUCUCUUCCCCAGGCCCAGCUGCAGAGCCCACAGCCCAGCACAGUCCUUGGGGCUCAUCCUCACCAAGCAGUCAGCCAUCCUCCAGGUCUGCCAUGUCUUCGCCACGUGCUUCAGCUCCUUCCACUUGAGGAGCUCUGCGAUAGCAAGGACGGCAUUCCUGGAGGCCUGGGAACAGCAGAAACUGGGAGAUGGCUCCAGCGGUUCAGAGUUUGCUUUGGGAACGUGAAGAACCCACUGAUCCCACAUUUUUACAGGGGUUUGAAAAUCCUGUUUUGGCAUUUCUAGCAGUGAACUUCAUAUAGCUUUAUCAACUUCUGCUGGAGUUGGCUAAACAUUCACAGUAAUUAGGCAGGUUGAGAAGGGUUUUUCUGGGGUUGUGUUGGACAGACAUAUGGUAUUUCCAGUGGGAAAUGUGACCUGGGGUGACUCCGCCAGUAGGGAGCUGGGACACGCCCCUGCCAAAACAUCUGGGAAUGCCCUUAGGUACAGGGAUUGAGGCCCAAACCCCUGCUGUCCGACACUUUUGGGGACACGCCUGUCCACACCUUGGUGGUCCUGGGCUGGUGCUGAGCCCUGCUGGAGCAGGCAGGGUAGGUGCUGGCAGUGGCCGUGCCAGCUCGGUUCUGCAGGGACCCUUCCCUGGGGCUGUUCUUGGGGAGCGCUGCCCAAAGCCUGGAGCCCCAGGGGCUGUCAGCCACCCCUCUCUGUGCCUUGACAUCGGUACCUGGCCCACUCUGGGCGCCUCGUCAUUCAUGCGGAGGGUGAGCGGGACCAGGACACUGUGCACGUAGUUCUUCAUCCACUUCUUCUCCUUCCCCACCACUGUCCUCAGCAGGCCUCUGAAGGAGCGGAUGCAGUGCUCCUGCACCCAGCUUUCCUCCUGCAAGGAACUAGGAAAGGCGAGCUUUGGGAGGCAGCAGCUCCCUGCCCACAGUUAUGUGAAAAACAAGGGUCACUUUCCUGGUAAAUUUUAAAAGGUUUUAUUAAAAAAACCACAAAUAGGAGACAAAGACAUUAAAGCAAAGGGUUAAUGUGGCCGGGUGCUGGGCAUUCAGCUGAGAGCACACACUAACUCAGAAAACACUUCCCUAAAUGUAUCAACAUGUUGCAUAUUCAUAGACAUUCAUGCAUUAUUCAAAAUCAUCCCCCCACAACCUGUAAAUCAACUUUUUUUGUAGUGCCAUCCUGUUGCUUAAUCCCUGAUUAAUAAAUUCCU